GGCUGCCUCCGCCGGGGAUUGGCAAAGAAAAAUCCUGUCUCAGGAUCCUGUCAAGUAAGGUGCCUUGAUGUCCUACACAUUAGCUGACUGAAUUCCUGCCAGGCUUGGUCAUGCAAGAGCACUCCUGUUUCCUGAUAAACUGUAGUCCUACUGUAUCCAGGCUUUUAUUGGCUUUUGCUUCCCCUAAAGGCGCAAUAAUUCCUGACAACAAGAAAACGGUUUCGAGUGUUUACCUGGUGUAUUGCAGUGGAUCUGAAAGUGAUACAAGAAAGAAUUGCUCCUGGGAAGAGAAGCCCUCCGGCAAGGCCAACCCUGAAGAUGUGGACUGCCAUUGCAUUCUUCCUGCUGAUAUCCUUCUGUAUAUGUGAACACAGGUUUUCUGUCCUGAAAGGGAGAGGAGUCCAUGUAGUGCAAAUAAAGAGGCUUGCAACUGAAGAGCAGUGCAGGCAGGCUUGUCAAAGCCCAGGUGCUUCAGGUAACCAUCCCUGUAAUUGGUCUGUGCCCUACCAGAAUCACUGCAUCCUCUUGCAGUGUCACCAGCUGAACAUGUGCCAGAAUGCCGGAGAACAAGACAUCAAAGAUCUGCUUGGAGAAAUUGUCAGUGGGAAAAGGGAAACAGUUCUAUUUCACCACCAAAGCUAUCCACAGAAAAAGGAGAGGAUGGUGAAUGCACGAGUUGACCGACACAAUGCGGAAAAGCUGUUUUCCUCAACUGCUCAGACUCGCAAGGUACACUUGAGGCAUUUGCUUGAGGUUGAGAGUGAAGAUGUAACAACAAAUGCAAGCAAAACAAUUGCAAGCAAUGCUGCUACUACCAGCACAGUGACCACCACCACAGCGACCACCACCACUGCCACAGCUGUAACAACAAACUUUACAAACGCAACUGUCCUUGCUACAGCUUACAAAACAACUGCCGAAGCCUCAAACACCCCUGAAGGUUCUGAUCUCCUUGCUGAAGCCAUGUCACUGACUGCCUCUUCUCCCACUUCUGGCAACAUCCCUGCUUCCACUUCUAGCCGUGUCACCGAGCUUGUGACCACCACCGAAAAAUCAGGAAAUAGCAGCUCUGUCUCAGUAUUGUCCCCCACUUAUACUUCUGCUCCCCUCACUGUCAUUUCCGAAGCAGGUACUCAAAUGUCUCAAACAGAGCAGUUUAACCCAGCUGCCACCACCACCAGCACUCCCCGCUCUAGUAGGCCCGCCACUGUUGAAGCUGGCCCGAAGACACUGAGCACAACAUUGACCACCCUCAUUCCGCAGGAUGCAGGAACAUCUUCCACUGCUUCCACUCAUGCAAUGGCCCUCACCCGCUUGGAGAGUUCACACUCUGCAAAUCCACUGCCUGUUGUUACGUUGCUAUAUCUAGAGCCAGAAGCAAGUACAGCCACAACAUCCUUGAGUGAAUCAACUUCUCUUCUGGGCUCUACAGGAGGUACCACAGUUUUAACUACUGCCUCUACAGCAGAAACUAUGACUGGGCAUGGGAUAAAGUCAACAUCUCACAUUUUUUCAACAACCAUGGCUCCAGCAGACGCACCAAAAACAACAGCUUCGGGCCUUGCAGAAACUCAGGACAUGGACAAUGAGUAUCUUCUCAUUGCUGCAGAGCCCCUGACUCAGUACUUAGUGGAUAAAAGUUCGCUUCUUGCGGUGCUUUUAGUUGGUACGGUUUUUUUCAUAACUGUUAUAGUUCUUUUCCUUAUGCAGGCCUAUGAGAGCUACAAGAAGAAGGAUUACACACAAGUGGAUUACCUGAUCAAUGGAAUGUAUGUGGACUCGGAGAUGUGAAAGGGUGGGGAUAAAACAGUGGGCAGAGAGGUGGAAAGGAGAUUGAAAGCCUGCCUGACUUGUUUUUCUUUCCUGUUUGCCUAUAACACAAACUGAAAGUGCUUCCAAAUUUACUUCUAGUGCAAUUGAGGAGAAAUGCCAUGUACUGUAUUAAGAAAAAAAAAAAAUUAUUCAGCUGUGCAACAGGUUGCUGUAAAAAAACAAAAAAAGUAAUUUUUAAAACUUCCAUAAUGCACAAUAGCUUUGGCCAUUAUUUUUCAUUGCAAAACAAACCUAACAAGGGGUAAGCCAUCAUCCUCGGAAAAUGCUGUGGCACUUUUUCAACUGUUUACAGUGCAAGUUCCUUGUGUUUCAUUUGUUUCACGUGUGCUCCUCUGAAAACAGAGCAAAGGAUGCUCUCACCUUUUGCAAAGUGCUCUGAAAUCGCCAGAUGAGAAGUGUGGUGUAUUGCUGCAACAGGGAACUUUUAAUCCAAUGUGUGUCAUGUUUCAGUAUGCUUCUUGCUUGUGAAGAAGUCUGUUUACAAGGCAUUGUAAACUCUGUUUACUGCUAACCCAACAUAUCUUUUCACCAUGGAGCAGAUUACUGUGCCUCUGCACUUAAAUAAUCUUAUUUUUGUAUUCACUUAAUAAAUGGGGCCCUGGAAGGGCAUAUCUUGUUGCA